CUAAUCCAGAGAUACUGCGGUAAAAACGCGAUGAGCGCACGCGCACCCGGUAAUACCCCCCCUCUCAAAUCUACUGCGGAACAGAAGCUUCAAAAUCCUCCUCCCUCCCCCACCCAACACACACACACACACACACACACACACACAUAAAUAUACACACACAAAUACACACUCUUCAUCAGCAGUUCUGCAGCCAAUAGCAUCUCUCUUCUCCUAUCAGGCCGCGCCCCCUUCUGGUCCAGAGUCUGCAUCCGCCCGUCUGUCUGUCACACACCGGUGAUGCUGAACCUGUUGGAGGCACAGAAAAACCAAAAUAGUAACAUCUGACCAAAAGGAUUUUGAAAAUGGAUAAUGAAAAAAAACAAGUGCAAAAUAGAUUCAUCAGCUACUUGACUUGCAGCAUCCAGGUGCCUCGGAAAAACGCGCACGCGCAGAGCCGUGUGUCACAUGAGCCAUUUGAUUGGCUAAGAGAUGGAGGGUCGGGCUGGGCCAGUGACGUCACCGACUAUUUGUGAAUGGUGAGUUCGCGGAGAGACACGCGGCGAAAGGAGUUUAAAACGAGACUUUAUCAAAGAUUAAACUCACUCACAGUCACAUCGACAUUAGUGCAGGACAAAUGACAGAAACAUAAACAAAUGACAACUUUUCAGAGACGUUUUUGACACUUUUGAGAAUUGAAGUUUUGGAUUCUUGCAAGACAAGAAACUGUAACAGUUUUAAAGGGAGUGAAAGCGCGUUAAUGUGAAAGAGUGUGUGCGUGCGCGUGCAGAGAUGAAGAUAGAGUUUGCUCCUCUUCAUGUUCCUCUGCGCAGGCGUCUGCAGACAGCUGCAGUUGUUCAAUGGGUCUUCAGCUUCUUGGCUUUGGCUCAGGUCUGCCUGGCUGCGUUUGUACUCUUGUGCCUUAGUGAUUGGUGGAUUGUGGGAGUGGUGUAUGCUGGUUGGCUCUACCUGGACAGGGACACGCCCCUAUGUGGAGGUCGGAGGUCACAGUGGGUCAGAAGUUGGAGCGUAUGGACGUAUUUCAAAGAUUAUUUCCCCAUCACACUGAUAAAAACAGUGGAUUUGGAUCCUCGUCACAAUUAUCUGUUUGGCUUUCAUCCUCACGGUGUGCUGGUUGCAGGUGGGUUUGGGAAUUUCUGCACGGAAGCGUCUGGAUUCUCGCGGAUGUUCCCAGGCCUCACACCUUAUCUACUGAUGCUUCCCUUCUGGUUCAGAGUUCCGUUCUUCAGAGAUUACAUCAUGAGUGGAGGUUUGGUCUCCAGUGAGAAAACCAGUGCCAGUUACCUGUUGAGUCGACCAGGCGGGGGUCAUGUGGCCGUGGUGGCAGUGGGUGGCGCUCCGGAAUCGCUGGACGCACGACCGGGAGCCCUGACCCUCCAGCUGCUCCAGAGGAAAGGCUUCAUUAAACUGGCUCUCAAACACGGAGCGUGGUUGGUUCCCGUGUUCUCGUUUGGAGAGAACGAGCUCUUUGAUCAGAUGGAGAACCCCGCUGGCUCCACCCUGCGUCGUGUGCAGGACCGCCUCCAGAAGAUCAUGGGCGUGGCUUUGCCUCUCUUUCAUGCCAGAGGUGUUUUUCAGUACAGCUUUGGUCUUCUUCCAUACAGGAAACCCAUACACACCGUCGUUGGACGUCCCAUCCGAGUAGAUCAGAGCUCCUGUCCCAGUAAAGAUGACAUUGACACUCUUCACUCUCGCUAUAUGGAGGGUCUGACGCAGCUGUUUGAGGAAAAUAAGAAACACUACGGCAUUCCUGAAGACAAACAUCUCAAAUUCAUCUGAACACACGUGUGUGUGUGUGUGUGUGUGGGGGUGUGUGUGUGGGUGUGUGUGUGUGUGUGUUGUAGCUUGUGUGCAUUUGUUUACGGUUUCUCAAUGCUUGGUACAAUGUAAAAUAUUGAGAAAUCUUUAAGUGUUUAAUGAAUAAUUGUCUCCUCACACACUUGAGGAUCUGAAGUUACAUUACUGUAGUAGUUUAAUACACUAAACUAACUUUACCGCAGUAAGCUUCUUAUCAGAGUUAAUUUCACAGUUUGUUUCAGGAGCACAAUUAUCAUUUGUCUCUCUCUCUCUCUCUCUCUCUCUCUCUUUUUCUUUCUUUCUUUCUGGAGAAAGUGUUCAAAUUGUCUGAUAAUGUUUGUUUUUAUUACAUUGGGCUCUUACAGUUGUUCUGUAGCAGUAAAUGAUUAUCUGCUGUUAUAGGAUUGAUCCAAUGUUUGAUGCUUAAACACAUUAAAAAUCUAUUUUAAUAAACCACCAAACUGAAUAUAUACAUUUAUAUCCAGAGAUGUGAAGUGUUUGAGGGUGCAUCAUAAUAGGAAAAUAAACUG